UUUAUUCAUUUAUUUGUACAGUUAAGUGCGAAAUAAUAGGACCGAGAAACCCCUUGACUUGCAAUUUUGGACAAGAUGCCCAAUUAUGGUGGUCAACAAAUGACAAAGGAAAGAUAUAUUCUGCAAUGUUUGGACUAAAGCGGAGUAAAAAUACUGAACAUGACUCGCAAUUGGUCAAUAUCAACACUUACAUUCAAAAAGUGAACUAUAACUCCAACAUGCACCCUAGAUAUAAGAAUCGAGUAUACUUUGUUGGUAACCUUACAAUGGGACAUGCAUGGUUUACCCUGAGAAAUGUUACACUUAAAGAUACCAGGGAGUACUUUGCUGUUAUUCGGGAUGGAACUGGAGUUGGUAAAUACACUGUGAGACUGGAGGUUAAAACAAAAUCAGAAGUUACAAAGGAGUCAGAUCGAAUUCCAAUCACUGAGAAAAGGCAAAAUGUGACACAAGGUUUACAACCAGAGAAUAAAACCAUAAAUGAAACAGGGACGCCAUUAAUUUUAGCCGGGAAGACAAAUUCAACUCAACAACUCAGAGGGGAUUACAUCAUUGCAUUCACGAUCAUAUCCUAUCUCAUUCUUUGUGUUGCUCAUAUCGAUACUUAUAUAUCAGUCCACUAGCAUUACGUCCUUUUGAGAGCAAAUUGAUUGACAUUCUCGUACUUAGGCGCUAAUCAUAAAUCGUCGGCUCCGAGACUCUAAAAUUUCAAGUUGCCUAAUUGGCUCGGACGCAUUACGAAGUUUAUUUGUUAUUUAAUGUUGGUAUAUUUGGCCAGAGUAAGGUGUUAGCGGUUAAUUAUGUGGCUAGCUUUACAUACGGUAAGUUGCGUGACCUGGUCGCAAAUCGCAAGGUUUUCCAGAGCCCACUUUUGCUAAUAAGUAGGGUCUGGGUAUGAGAACGAAUAGAUUGACUAUUUUCAAAGUUAUUUCAUGUUUCUUCUUAUAACAAAAUAUUGUUGUUGUCAUGACAUUAGUAAAUCAUUUAAACCUCAUUGUCCCAACCACCUCAUUCUUAUAAGACGUUCAAAGAAAAUUACAUUAAAUAAUCAAAUAGACAUAUAUUUGCUUAAAUGA